UUCCUUCUUCGUGUGGUAUAUAAAGCAUAGUGGGGAGAGCUGAUCAAGACAAACAGAAGUAAGUAAAAAGAUGAAGACCUCCGUGGCUGUGUUGACUUUAUCCCUCUUCUACCUUAGUGUGGCUGAGGUGCAGCAGCUGGAUGACCAAGCAGAACAGGGCUCCAGCAUAGAGAUUCCCAACGUCGAGCGAACAUGUCCCUGUGCUGGUGACAUAACAGGGAGCCAGAUAAACCAUUGGCACCUUUUUGACAUCUUAAGAGACCUGGAGGCCAAACUGAAGAACACUGAAAAACAAUUAGAGGAUCUGAAGAGAGAGGUCCGAGGUAACAGUGUGGCAUUUGGAGCAUCUCUCGGCCCCGGUGGAGGUGUUGGACCUUAUAAUGUUGAGAUCACACUGACCUACAAGAAUGUGUAUUCAAACACAGGCUCAUACAACCCUGCGACAGGUAUUUUCACUGCUCCAGUCAAAGGAAUCUAUUACUUCAGCUUCUCUGGCCAUAAUUUAUCAUCUAAACCAAUGGGGCUGCGCCUGAUGAAGAAUGGAGUGCAGAUGGUUACUGUGUACAACCAUCCAGCUGGAAACCGCCAUGAGACCGCAACCAAUGGCAUGACUCUACAGCUUGAAGUGGGAGACCAGGUGUACAUGAGACUGCGGUCAAACACCUGGAUUGUUGAUAAUGGUAAUAACCACAGCACCUUCAUUGGUCAUUUGUUAUUCCCUCUGUAAGUGCAAACUGCCAUUUCCUUCUCUUUUUUUAUGUAAGCUAAAAUCACGACAUAACUGUAAUUCAAAUGCAACACCCUGGUUUGCACUUUCACUUCAAAGUUCACUUAACCUAUUUUGAAACUGUACUUCGGAGUACACUGAAAAUCUAAUUAUAUUUUUUUUCAUACUGUCAGUUCUGUACUUCCAUACCUUUAGCAGCCAUACGUUUAUUUACUGUGAACUAUAGUUUGCUUAAAAUAAAAAAAAGCUCUGGUUCUAGGUCUGCAUAGCUUAGCUUAAAGGAACACGCCGACUUAUUGGGAAUU